AAAAAUAUAAUAAUAAUAUUAGUUAAUUAAGUGUUAUUUUUGUAUAUUUUUAGAUACUGUGUGGAAUUUGAGGUUUUAAGGACAUCCAAGGCUUGUCACAAAUUACCGCCCUACAAUCUAUUGAUAGAAGGUGACCGCAUUGUAGUACGCUGUGACGUGGAAGCUUUUAUUCAGGACUUUGCCACUUCCUCAGAUAACAAUCUAACUUCAUCAACUUUGAAAUCGAAACAUCACAAUGACUCGCUAUACAAUAAACUUGACUUAGGCAGCAGUUCGAUGGAGGAGGAUUUAAAUGACAGCGAUGAAAAUAUGAUCGACAAUAGCAGCAGCAGUAGUAGUAGUGAUGAACAUGAUGAUUACGAUACGGCCUCAUUAACGAUUAAAACUACUUCUACUACCACCACUACAACAACGACUACAACUACUACCACCACACCCUAUCCACCGCCACAAUCUAUACAGUAUCAUUGCCGUGGCGAGGGUUUACCGGGUCGCACUACAAGAUGGAGUGCUUUGGCAGCGCCCUCAUGUCGGGGCAAAUGGUUGAGAUUGACUCUAGAUACACCGAAAAAAUGUACACAUGCACAAUUUAUAUUCGUUUAAGACAGAGCGAGAGAGUUAGUGCGACAGUGAUUAACUAGUUUUUUUUUGUACAAUUAGUUUGAAAAAUUGAAAAAGAAAAAAAUUCAUUAAAAUUUUAAGUUUUCUUUAAAUUUUUUUUUAGAUUUUUUUAUUUGUUUAUAAAAAACUCAUAUUGUCUUAAUUUGCAAACAUAUUUAGUAGUUAUACUUACUUAAACUUUUAAUUUCCUACUUUAACUAAACUUUGUUAAACUGAAAUCUGCUAAAAAUAUGGCAACACUCCAAAAAAAUUUUUAUAACAAUUAAAGAUUUUUGCUGAAGUUUCUUAUUAUGAGAUUAUUUUUUGCUAAUCUUUGUUUUUGCAAGUUUAACUAAACUCGCUUAAACCAAGUUUAAGUUUUUUAAAACCCAAAAAUCGAAUGUUUAAUGUAAGCAAACUUAUUUUAUGAUAAAAUUUUUAAAUUUUUUGCAUUAUUUAAGAAGUUUUACAAAAAAAUCUGCUAAAAAUAUGGCAACACUCAAAAAAUUUGUUCAUCAAAAUUUAAUAUUUUUGCUGAAGUUUCAUAUUAUGUGUUUACUUUUCGCUAAUCUUUGUUUUUGCAAGAUUAACUAAACUUGCUUAAACCAAGUUUAAGUUUCUAAAAACCCAAAAUUUUAAUGUUUAGCGCUAGCAAUCUUUUUUUAUAAUAAAAUUUUUCAAUUUUUUUUAUUAUUUAAGAAUUUUUGCAAAAAAUCUGCUAAAAAUAUGGCAACACUCAAAAAUUUUUUUUAGCAAAAUUAAAGAUUUUUUAUGAAGUUUCAUAUUAUGUGUUUACUUUUCGCUAAUCUUUAAUUUUGCAAGUUUAACUAAACUCGCUUAAUCCAAGUUUAAGGUUUAAAAACCUUAGUUUCAGAUUCUUCGAUAUUUGUAAUAACAAUAAAUGAUAUUACUUUUUUAUUUUAACAAUUAUUUUAUGAUUUUUUUAUAAGAAUUUGUUUAUUAUUUUCACUUUUGGUUUAAACUUUAAAGUCAAUUAUUUUGAAAGAUUAUUUUAAGAUUAAUUUCUCUUCAAAUCACAAUACUCAUACUUACUAACAUAAUCACACAAAAUGAAACCUUAAUUAUUUCAUUAUUAUACUAAACUCACACACGUUUAUUUUAAAACUUUUACUAGCUUUAAGACUAAAACUCAUACUAAUAUUAACGGAAUAAAAAUUAAUAAAUAAAAUUAUAAGAAAAAGAAAAUAUUGUUCAUAAUUAUAAGUUUCAUCCAUUAGAUCUAAAAAACAUUCACAAAAAUUACUCACGAUUAAAAAACAAACAUCACUUGAUUAAACUUACUAAUGGGCAAACAAGGAGUAAAAAAAUAUAUAAAGAAAAAAAUAUUAUAAUAAAUUUCUAUAAAUUUAAGCAAAUGAAAUAAAUAAUGUUUAGAUUUACCUUUCUUUAAGAAAAAUCAUACAUA